GUAGGUGGGUGUUCGCUACCUGUGUGAAUGAAGCGAUUCGACACUGGAACUUAGCGAGCUCACAUUCUGGGCUUUUUUUGGCUUGAGUUUUUACACAGCGGCCCUGGACUUAACUGUGGAAACCGCGUAGAGACAUUUUGCGUUCUGUGUUAGUUUUUGUAUUUUAUUUUCGACAUAAGGAGGUAGCACUCAGUGCUGCCGUUAGCCUAUGCUAACUCGCAUUCAGUUUCGCUGUCCAGCGGUUUUCCUGCGCUCGUUUCUGGGGGAAUUAACGCAGACCCUGUCGAGUCAAACCAUGGAGUGUUUACGGAGUUGAAGAGUGCACUAACAUCAGAAAAUUUCGCUACAAAACACUUAUGCCAAAGUCAGAGGUGUCUCACUAUUGCAUGUAGCAUGUUAGCGGUUUGGCUAAUGAGUGUCAGGUGAUAUUGAACUCUAAGAGAUAUCCUUCGAAUUCAGUCGAGAAACUGAGAAAAUAGAUUAAAUAUAAUAUUUACGUUCCGUCUGAUUGGUUUUAAUGUAUUACAGGUCGAUUCAGGCUAUAAUUUAGUCGUUCAGCGUUAGCACUGUUGCUGUCGAAACACACGGUUUGUUUACAGUUCUAAAAAUAUUCAUGCCCCAGUAACGUUUCCAUUGAAGUGCUGUUGAACCAUUUGCUGGACACGUAUCUCUCUGCUGUCAUUUGUUAAGGCUCAAUAUAAUGUCAGAGCUGCUUCAGGCAAGAUAUCAUAACAAUGCUAACAUUAGCUCUAUGUUAGCAUGUUAAAUUGUAUGGUUUAAAGCCAAAUCCACUGAGGCAUUUUUCAGCGUUCUUUUAUUUAAAUGAGUAUUGCUUACAGAGGAUGCUUAGUGUUUUCCCUCCUUCAGCUGUAGAGAUUAGCUACUGCCAUACAGGGAAAGUUGAGAUAAUAUUAUGACUUUUUAGGCCUAGAGAUGGCUGUAGGUUAAAAGAAAUCAGCAUUCAGUUAAGAUAUAAGACUCUAAAUGGUGUUAUACUUGCAUAUCUCUUGUUGGAGAAAGGGAAAGUUUACAGAUAUGGUCAGAAAAACUAGAAAUUGAAUUCUCAGGACUCUGAAGCUCUAUACCAUAUUUUCAGUAGUUACAAAAGCAAAGAAAGCCAAUGAAGAUAUUAAAAUUCACUGCCUGUCUUUUCUCUGCUUUGCCUAUAAUAGUGUGAAGAUUGCAGGUGUUCAGUGAUCUUAUACAUAUCCAUUAUCAUCUCUAAAUUUAGAUAAAUAUAUAAUAGUACCCUAAAGAAACCUGAAUCCUUAUUUGAAUUUUCUAGAAAACCCAUAUUAGGCAACUUUAUAUAAAUCAGACAGCCAUCUCAUGCCUUAGUAACAUGCAACAGACAGGUUAAAAUGAGCAUGUUCAAAAUAGCUUAUUGUUCUUAUGCCAUCAGAACAGCUCAUUUAUUUAUGGAAUUGUGGUUGUUUAAAGUGCUGGAAAGUCGUAAAGAAACCAAACCAAGCAGUUUUGACGAAUCCUCAGGGUGAAUGUUUUCAUGUAGCCCUUGGGUCACAGCUGUGCCAAAAACUCUUGAUGUACUUCACUACAAACAGGGGUCUGCCAGAGGAGCAUGCAAGCAAACUGUUGAUGCUAAAAGAACACCGGUCUGAAGUUGUUUUGGAACGUCUCGCUUUCUGCUAAUUUGUUUCAUUUCCAGUCUGAGAAAGUCCAUCCUGAGGUUCCCAAUGGAAGUACCGCACUAGAAACUUUGACCAGGGAAACUACAAGAUCUCUGGGUUGUCUCACCCAGAAGUGCUAAGAUGGGCUCUCAGGCUCUUCAGAUAUUGCGGCAGGGAGUGUGGGCUUCUCUGACCGGAGGAUGGUAUGUGGACCCUCAUCAGAGUACCUUCUCAAACUGCUUUCAUCUCUACCUCUGGAUAUUCCUCUUGGCCUUCCCAUUUCUUCUGUACAUGGCCCUUCCUGCCAGUUUAGUGGUGGCUGGUGUGUACUGCGCUGUGAUAGCGGCCUUCUUUAUGGCCAUAAAAGCAGUGAACUUUCGACUGCAUGCCAUGUUUGACCUGGGCGAGAUUGUGGAGAAGAGGCAGGCCUCGUUCACCACAGACCCCAAUAGAGUGGAAGAAGGAGAGGAAGGCUCUGGUGCUCAUGAUGGAAGCCAACGCAGGGACAGUGGUGUGGGUGUAGAAAUGACAGUGUUCCGAAAGGUGAACUCCACCCCUCCUGUACGCUGCAGUUCCCAGCACUCGCUGUUUGGAUUGAACCAGGUGUCGGAAUUUUUACCACAGCUUGAAGACCCUGGAGGCUCCAAGGAUAUUAAAGAGCUCAUGCAGGAGCAAGGCAGUAGUAAUGUGAUCGUGACCUCUGCACAUAGAGAUGUCCUUCGACACAACUCUCAGGACAACACUAGUGUGGCACCAUCCUGCAUGGCUGGGGAUUACAGAGGGCUAAUUGGUGUGGGUGAUGUAUUGUCAGGAGGGUUUAGUAACCUGCACCCAACAAACUGUCCUUUCAUCCCGCCAUCCCCAUCCAGCCAAGAAGAUGGAGAUGAAAAGGACCAUGUGGAUAAUGGGGGUGUGGAGCAGCUGUCUCAGAGGAGCCCCGAUGGGGAGGGUCUCAGAGGCUACUCCCGCCUUGGACCUUCAGCUGAGUCUGAGAGUCUGGGAGAUGCUCCUCUCAGCCCUCUCAUCAAGAGUAGCUUGAGUGAGGAGCUAAGCGAGAACUUGCUGGGCUUGGGCCUUGACCCAGUGACUUUUGCCCCUGGUGCUGAGCACCCAGGCAGCCGCACCGGGAUGGCCCUGGCUGCAGGCUCCACUGACAGCUGCUUCAGUGGAGGUGGAGCUGCCACAGACCGAGAGACUCUUAGUACGGUCAGUAGCUACCGCAGUGAGAAAACUGACUCAACACAGCUUGAGAGCCCUUCAGUGGGCCAGACGCAUAAACCUGGGUCUAAUGCUCCUUCCACAGCAUUGCAUCAAGGUAAAGGCCCCUAUCAGCAGCCUGGAGAUGUGAUCCAGGGCGGUAGUGACACGGAUGACCUAUCAGACAGCGUGCUGUUACGCUCACCCUCCAAAGAGCUCUCCUCUGGGCAGGGCCUGGACAGAACUCUGGUGGAGGGGGAGGACCUUCCCCCUUUGCUUGCACAGCCCUCCUUGCAGGACUCAUCACUGUCUAGCAGCGGGCCUUCGGAGACCUGCGAUCUUGAUGGUGGCAUCCCCAUACCCCCUCUUCCUCCUCCACGCCAGGCCAGCUCUGUACCGUCAGGGUUGGCACUGGGCUUGGUCUGCUCAGAGCCAGCUCUGCCGGUCUCUGCCCCUUCCUACCUCCUAGCAGAGCCACCAUCUCUGCAAGCGCAGCAGCAAGUGGUGCGACCUAAAGAUCUUAAGCUGCUGCGUGCGGGCGGCAGUGUGGGUCACCGACCCGGUCGCAGGAAAGCUCCCCGUAAACGACGCACUGCUGGCAGUAGCAGUUUCGACUGUGGCUCCUACCGCCGGCACCAAAGCCGUGGCCAACACAGAGACUACAUCCCUGUACGCAGCCGGCUAGGUGCCAAAGCCUACAGUGAGAGCUUGUUUGAGGACUCCAGUGAUGAAGAUGAUGGCAGUGACAUGAGUGCAGGUUCUAGUCUAGGAUCCCAACGCCGCUUCAGCUCUGAUGAUGAAGACGAUGAUGAAGAUGAUGAUUCUAGCUCCUCUACCUCCUGCUACUCCCCUGAUCUAACGAAUACCGGCAUCACUUCCCAACCCGUCCCCCCUCAACUACCUAGCCCUGGAGAGGGGGAGGACCCUGACACAGUGGGACCCUCCCAUUCUCGCAGCGCUCAGCGCUCAGCCAGCACAGCUAGUGCCAAGACUCAUGCCAGAGUGCUAAGCAUGGAUGGUGCCGGUGGAGGCUCCAACAACACAGAGACUCUUGCGUCUACUGUGCUACCUUUACCUCUUUCUUCUGCUCCUGCCCCACGUCCACUCACUAUCUCUAAAUCAGAUCUGGAGGCUCGGACACUGCACUCAGAGGGCUUCUCAAGGGCCCACCAUAGGCUAGACUCUCUUGGAGGCUCCUGGGCUGGGAACCAGACAGGCUGGAGGGCAGGAGAGCUGCUAGAAGAGGGGGCAGUAGGAGGAGCCCCAGAGGAGGGUAGUAAGCGUGACUCUGUGAGCAGUGUAAAAAGGACGCAGGCCAUUCGCAGGCGGCAUAAUGCUGGUAGUAACCCCACCCCGCCCCCUUCUGCCAUGGGCUCUCCUCCAAGUCUUCAAGACCUUCAGAGAGUCCGGACUUCCUCUCAUUCUCGCACGCGAACACUCCCCUCUGCUUUACACUUCGCUGCCUCCUCCUUGCUGCUGCUGCCCCGAAGCGGUGUUCAUGAGGCAUCCACCUUUGAUGACACCACAGAGGGAGCUGUGCACUACUUUUAUGAUGAGAGUGGAGUGAAGAGGUCUUAUACUUUUGGACCUGCUGGCGGAGGAUAUGAGGACCCAGUCCAGGAGCGAGAGCGAGAGCGACAGUCACAGUCCUCUAGCUUUACCUCCACUGAUGUGCAGGAGGUGGCGCCAGUGCUGUCUAUGCUGCAGCCAAGGCCGGUGGUCCUCCAGGGCAUGCAGGUCCGCAGGGUGCCUCUGGAUAUGCCAGAGUUUGACCUAGACCAUGAGUCCCCUCACGAAUCCCAAGAGAACACACUGAUGAUCGAGGAAAAGGCCAAGCCUAAACAUUAUUAUCGUUUCUGGGUGCUGCCGGGGAAAUGGCUAAGAGUUCGUUAUGACCGGCUUGCUUUGCUAGCCUUACUGGACAGGAACCGACGCAUAAUGGAGAAUGUGUUUGCGGUGGUGUUGGCCAGCUUAGUGGCAUUCCUAGGCUUCCUGUUGCUAUUCCAGGGCUUCUUUAGGGACAUCUGGGUCUUCCAGUUCUGCCUAGUCAUUGCCAGCUGUCAGUACUCCUUGUUAAAGAGUGUGCAGCCUGAUGCGGCAUCUCCGAUGCAUGGCCAUAACUGGAUCAUCGUGUACAGCCGACCAGUGUAUUUCUGCUUGUGCUGUGUGCUGAUCUUGAUAUUUGACCUGGUUGGCCACUCAGACAGUAUGCUGCCUUUCACCCUCUAUGGGGUCACCUUCUUCUCCGCCCAAUUUCUGCUCUGCGCUAGAGACAUGCUCAUAGUGUUCACCCUCUGUUUUCCCGUCAUCUUCCUGUUUGGGCUUCUACCUCAGGUCAACACGUUCCUCAUGUGUUUGUUGGAACAGGUGGACAUGCACAUAUUUGGUGGAACUGCAACCACAAGCCCCCUGUCUUCAGUCUAUAGUCUGUUGCGCAGUAUAUUGGUGGCGGCUCUGGUCUAUGGAUUUUGCCUUGGUGCCAUCAAUGCUCCGUGGGGAGAGGCACAUGUCCCGGUGCUCUUCUCUGUGUUCUGUGGCCUCCUCCUGGCCUUGUCCUAUCAUCUGAGCAGGCAAAGCAGUGACCCGACCAUCCUCUGGUCUCUGAUCCGCUCCAAGUUCUUCCCAGAGCUGGAGAGCCGAACACCGGAAGAGCCCCCAAUAGAGAUUAAAGACCCUCUACCAGAGAAAUUGCGCAAUUCUGUGAAAGAGACUCUUCACUCAGAUCUGGUCAUGUGCCCUCUUAUGGCCAUUAUCACCUUCGCCAUUAGUGCCAGCACAGUCUUUAUUGCUCUGCAGCCUGCUCUCAGUUUCGUCCUGUACAUCUUGGCUGGGGUGGUGGGGUUCUCCACACACUACCUCCUGCCUCAGCUCCGCAAACAGCUGCCCUGGUUCUGCUUGGCCCACCCUGUGCUGCGCUCCAGAGAAUACAGCCAGUUUGAGGUCCGAGAUGCGGCUCAGCUCAUGUGGUUUGAGAAGCUGUAUGCAUGGCUGCAGUGUGUGGAGAAGUAUUUCAUCUACCCAGCUGUAGUUCUCAACUCCCUCACCACUGAAGCUCACACUGUCAGCCAAAACCAUGACAAACCUGGAGCCUAUGGCCGCGCUCUAUUCAUCUCAGUGGCUGGAAUGAAGCUGCUUCGUACGUCCUUCUGUGUCCCGUCUCAGCAGUAUGUCACUCUGUGCUUCACCGCCCUCUUCUUCCAAUUCGACUACCCACGUUUUUCACAGACCUUCCUCCUCGACUACUACUGCAUGUCCAUCCUCUUCAGCAAGCUGUGGGAUCUGCUGUAUAAGCUGCGUUUUGUGCUGACCUACAUUGCACCUUGGCAGAUCACAUGGGGUUCUGCUUUCCACGCCUUCGCUCAGCCAUUCGCCGUUCCCCACUCAGCCAUGUUGUUUGUGCAAGCUGUGUUUUCAGCUCUUUUUUCCACUCCUCUCAACCCUGUGUUGGGCAGUGCUGUUUUUGUUACUUCAUACACCCGGCCUGUGAAGUUCUGGGAGCGAGAUUACAACACCAAACGAGUGGAUCACUCCAACACACGUCUGGCCACACAGCUGGACCGCAACCCUGGUGCUGAUGAUAACAACUUGAACUCUAUCUUCUACGAGCAUCUGACACGUUCUCUGCAGCACUCGCUGUGUGGGGACCUUCUGCUGGGCCGCUGGGGGAACUACAGCACCGGAGACUGCUUCAUCCUGGCAUCCGACUACCUCAAUGCUCUCGUACACAUCAUUGAGAUCGGCAACGGCCUCGUCACUUUCCAGCUCAGAGGCUUGGAGUUCAGAGGAACAUAUUGCCAGCAGAGGGAGGUGGAGGCGAUCACUGAAGGGGUGGAGGAAGAUGAAGGCUGUUGCUGCUGUGAGCCAGGUCAUCUCCCCCACAUGCUCUCCUUUAAUGCGGCCUUUGGUCAGCGCUGGUUGGCUUGGGAGGUAGCCGCCACCAAAUACGUCCUGGAGGGCUACAGCAUUAGCGACAACAAUGCAGCUUCCAUGCUUCAAGUAUUCGACCUGCGCAAAAUUCUCAUCACAUAUUAUGUCAAGAGUAUCAUCUACUAUGUGACCCGCUCUCCCAAACUGGAGGAGUGGUUGGCCAAUGAGACAGUGCAGGAAGUGUUGCGGCCUUGCCUCAGCCCUUCCUACGUGGAUAGUGACCCCACCUUCAAUCUGAACAUAGAUGAAGACUACGACCAUCGUGCUUCUGGCAUCACUCCAGCUUCCUUCUGUCUGGUGUACCUGGAGUGGAUUAAAUACUGCAACAGCCGCAGACAAACGCCAGUUGAGAGUGAGAAGGAUUCCCCUCUGGUUACACUGUGUUUUGGGUUGUGUAUUCUGGGCCGUCGAGCUCUGGGCACUGCCUCACACAGCAUGUCAGCCAGCUUGGAGCCUUUUCUCUACGGCCUUCAUGCCCUGUUCAAGGGCGACUUUCGGAUCACCUCUCCUAGAGACGAGUGGGUUUUUGCAGACAUGGACCUGCUGAACAGGGUGGUGGCUCCAGGUGUACGGAUGUCCCUCAAACUGCACCAGGAUCACUUCACCUCUCCUGAUGAGUAUGAGGACCCAGUGGUGCUGUACGAUGCUAUCACUGCUAAUGAAGAGAAGAUGCUCAUCUCUCAUGAGGGCGAUCCUGUGUGGCGCAGUGCUAUUCUGGCUAACAUGCCUUCUCUGCUUGCUCUCCGCCAUGUUAUGGAUGACGGCAGUGACGAGUACAAGAUCAUCAUGCUGAACAAACGCUUCCUUAGCUUCAGAGUCAUCAAGGUAAACCGGGAGUGUGUGCGCGGGCUAUGGGCUGGACAGCAGCAGGAGCUGGUCUUCCUGCGGAACCGGAACCCUGAACGCGGUAGCAUCCAGAAUGCCAAGCAAGCCCUAAGGAACAUGAUUAACUCAUCCUGUGACCAGCCCAUCGGAUACCCCAUCUACGUCUCCCCACUCACCACCUCCUACGCGGGGGUCCAUGUCCAGUUACGUUCGGUCUGGGGAGGUCCCAUAAGCCCCCACAACAUUUACACCUGGUUCAUCAGCAGCUGGGACAGGCUUCAGAAGGGAUGUGGUGCUGGAUGUAACAGUGGGGGGAAUAUUGAUGAUUCAGACUGUGGUGGCGGCUCUACCUCCAUCAGUAACAACCCUGCAGCUCAUCCUCCCCAGAACACAGUGUCCAGCAUCACUCAGCCUCAUCCCACUACUGUACAGCCCUUGAUGGGGACUGACAACCCUGUUGGGCCUUCCUGGCCGCUGCAUCCCCAGCCCCUAACACUUGCCCUGCUCAGCCAAUCAGAGGGCAGGAUGGAUGCAGGGCUGGUUAGCUCCUUGCACCGAACCUCUUCCAUCCAUGGGCUUUUAGGGCAACACCUGUCCAGCUCCCAGCUGUCUUUCAGUACUUCAGUUGCCCUGCCCCUUGCAGACCGCUUCUGCCCCAGUAGCCUGCAGGACAACCCCAGUCACAGGGUAUCUCAGAGGGGCCUGGGCCAGGGCAGCGGGCUGCCUUAUGAGGCCCUGUACAGCAAAUGGAGCCUUCCAGGGAGGAAAGGAUUUAACGGACCUGCUGUAAUGGAAGCGGAUGGCUCAGCAUCACAGAGCAUACGCACACAGCCUUUGCAGCCGCCCCUCCCCGUCCUGCCCUCUGAUGUCAGCCCAACACUGGAUCCAAUGGGAGCAGUCAUACCCUCUGAGACCAUGCCCCUUACAUCAUCAGACCCGCCCAGUGCCCGGGAGGAGUCUACAGAGCUGCCUUUACUUGAGCACCUCCGCUGAGCCUGCACAGCACGACUAGUACAGCUGGGAUCAGCCUAUGGUCAUCCUUGCCAUCCAGAGAGAGCGAUCUAGGAGGAAGUCGAGCUCACCUUAUCAACCUUUUUUAUAAUUAAAGCAUCUUCAGUCAAUACUCUGAUUGCGUAUUUUAGGAUGUUUCUCGCAAGUAUCCUUAAUAAACAAAUCACCAGAUACAGAAGCACAUUAGAAAAGUGCUGUUAAGUACUGAACUCUGGACUGAGCUCUCCAAAGCUUCUUUGGCUACUGGUCUCCAGGCCCAUAAGCCUAAAAAAGUGGCCAGUCAGUGCAAUCUUAAGGGAUUUUUUUAUAGAAGGAGGGUCAGGUCAUUAAAUCAAAGCAAUCUGUGACCUGUACCACCAGCAGUAACAAAAAGGGAACUCUCCUGUCCUCUGUAGCAGCCUUAAACCUACUUAAAGCUUUUGUUUUUACCCCCACGCAUCCAGUUCAUUGCUAACAUCCACAAAUGCUGUGCAUCAGCUGUAUUGUGCAGGAUUAUAUCCCUUUGAUCAGAGCCCAGAGCUUGCCGCCACAAAAGCCACUGUCCUUUUAAGACCAAAGGACUCAAAUAUGAUUUCCCCCUCACUUAGCCGUCAUUUAGUAGCUCACACAUUCCAGCAAAGUCAUUCAAUCACGUCGGCAGCCCAUCAGACUUGCUUAUACUCUUAAAUGACAACCACGACCAUUUUCCAGCGAGCUUCAGGGAAAAGACUUGAAUACACAAACACACAGACUCACAUGCGCACUUCCCUCAGCACCUGGUGCUCCCUUUAUAGUUUACAGCUGGCUCAGGUGACGAUGGUGGAGCCUGAGAUCUGUAGAACAUUUGGGACAGAUUAGGCGUCAUCAAACCGGUGGUCUGUCUUUUUUUUAAUCAUUUUUUUAGACUCUCUAUUUUCUUUACACAUCCCACAUUAAAUCAGACUACCUGCUAAAUUCCUAAAGCGCUCCCUAUGGAAUGGGCUCUGAUGGUGAAGUAGUGGGCCGGAGCACAUGAGGGCUUCCUGGCCUCCUGUCAGACUUUUUCCUGCUGCUGCAAGUGCCUGCAGUUUGUCUCCCUCCACUGCAAUACUACUGCUACUGCACCACCCCUUCUACUACUACUAAUAGAACUAACCAAACUACUGCUUUGACUUCUAAACUCCAGCGUUUUAGUUGGAAGAACUUGGUGGGGGAAAAAUAAUUAAGAUGCACCAAUUCUCAAGACAAAGAUUUAUUUGAUUUCUGACAGAGUGGCUGUUUUUUGUUGAUUGUGCUGAUACUAGCUGGACAUGAGUGAACUGUAACAUUCGCCCCAUUCUUGAAUCCAUCUGAUUGUGACUAGCUUAUUCCCUUUUUUCUUGUAAUACAACUGGAAAGUUAGAUGUCAAUAUUCUGAUGUUAAAUACCUGCUGUUGGGCAACCGAAACUCAGACCGCCUGCUGUGGAAAAAGCAGGGCACUUACUGCCUCUACAACAACAAACAUAUCAAAUGCUCACAGAUUUGACACCACUGACAUCAGCCUGGAAUAGCUGUGACGUGUCGAUGUAAAGGAGCUUGAAAUAUCCCAUGAGCUGUUUAAAGUGGUUUUGAGAUUCAGAAAGCCAUUCAGCUCUUUUCCACCAUGCAGUUUCCUAGCUUAAAAUGAUUGACGUGGCUGAGCUGUGCUCUGAAACAGGCUUUGUGUCGAACGAUAUGGUUUGAGAGCCAGCAUGCAGGGGCCGCCAUGGGAAAAUGGUGCCUUCUGAUUUGACAGACGGUGUUCAGGUGGAAGAGAAGGAUUUUUGCUGGAAUUUUUUUACACUGGUUCCUCAGAGUAAGGCAAAAUAAUGUGCUAUUUUUCUGCUGAAAGGCCCCAUUUAAUUACUUUUACAAAGCUUAUGCAUUCAAUUUGGGUGAUUCUUGCUCGAUCAACAUCAAGUUUUGAUGUGAUUUGAGCCUCUAGCUUCAUUUAGUGCCAGUAGAGGCAGUUCACACUAAAUUGAUCGUGCUCACAUAUUCAUAUUCUCAUUUAAACCACCAGUUGUUAAUAGUUUCACAGUGUCUCUCUGCCCAUCACAGACCAUAUCACCGGUUGUUUGAACACUAAAAGUCUCUCUGCAGAUCGUGCAGCCUAUUCUGAUCACAACCAUGCAUUCUCAAGUCUGUCAUGUAUUCUGCCAAGCAAACCUGGCUCGUUUACAGCCUCUUGCGAUGGACUUCAGUAGAUCUCGAGCGUUUGGUUCAAGGCUGAUCGACCUCUUUCUCUCUUUCCAUCAGGACCAGUUCUCUCAUCUUUAGGGUGACAUGUCCAAAGCAACAGGGAGUACUUCUCUUACGGGGAGAAAGCACAAGUUACUGGAUAGUGUCAGUGAUUUAAAAGGGAUCUGAUCAAUCUCUGCCAUAUAUGUACAGCAUGUUUUGUAUAUAAAUAUAUUUAAAAUAUAUAAAUAUAUAUAAAUCUAUUUUAUUAUUAUUGUAUUUCUGGUUAUUUUUCAAUGGAGGACACUACAUUGAGUCUUAGGGGAGUCACGCUUCGGUGUAUCAGUGCUUGCGGAGGGCUCUGACUCUCUCUCGACAAUAGAAUCAUGAAGUCUGGGGAAUCAAUCAGUUAAUACUGCUUUUGCACAAACUAUUGUAAAAUAGUGCACCGUUUUUUGUUUUUUGUUACAUGGGGGGAUUGUUUUAUUUAAAAACUGUUAUUCAAAGUUAUGUACAGUUUUCUGUGAUUUUUCUUUUUCCCCUCCUAUUUAAAUUAAAGCUUUUUUGUGUCAUUGUU